ACAUUUAAGAAAGACAUGUCUGAAACGAAUUUAGAUAGGGCUGUCUAUCACAAUCUGUAUCCAAGAAUUCCAACAUCAGUACAAACAGAAGAAAGUUGGCUUCAAGAAUUGUCAGGCAUGGAGCAGCCGAAAGUGCCCUCUGUAAAGAAGGAAGAUGAACCUGAAAAUCUAGCUUCUAAAUUAAGAGCAAAAUGGAUAAUUAACCCAGAAGAGCCAAAACUAAAUAUUUUAUGUGAGCUGGAGUUUAAGGAAGACUUCAUAACACUUUUUGAGCCCUCUCUGAGAACACUACCCAGCAUCGGGCCACCAUCUAUUCUCUCAUUCAAACAAGAGAGUUCCAAUUUAGGCAUUAAGUUCAAGAAAGAAGAGGAGGAGGUAUCGCCCACGUGUGAAUUCUGUGGGAGCGAUCUGAGAACAUUUCUCUCCAAUGUGGAUCUUUCCUGUGACUACAGUAGCUCUGAACUAGUAGAACACACCUCCUGUUGUAGUUAUUUCCAAAACCUGAUUGACUACAUCUAUGAGGAAAAACAAAAACUCCAAAGCUCUAAAGCUGAAUUAAUCUGUAUUGACCCUCAUGCCGCCCACGGCAGUGAAGUCGACAGACUCAAAGCAAAGGAAAAAGCUUUGUGGAGAAAACAGGAGCGACAAAUGGCCAAACACUAUGCAGUAUUAACAAAAGAACAGACUACUUUCUCUGAAGAAGAUGCAAAGCAAUUUAAAACAAUUUCUUAUCAACUUUCCAUGAAUAUUCCAGAAGUAGAGUCACCUAAGGAAGAACUAACUGAUUAUCAACUAGACAAAAGAAAUAUAUCCAUUGUUUGUUGCGAUUCUAGGAUAGCAUGUGGAAAGAUCAUGACAAAUGAGCUCUUUGAAAAGCACUACAAACAUGGGAGCAAGUUUCUGACUUCAUUUCCAGACGGGACAACACAAAUAUUCUACCCAUCUGGAAACCUAGCCAUCAUCCGAGUGCCCAAUAAGAUAAAUGGCUUCACUUGCGUAGUCCAAGAAGACGUGCCCACUAACCCUGCAAUCCUGGCAGUGCUAGAUUCUUCGGGUAGAAGUUCCUGCUAUCAUCCCAAUGGAAAUGUCUGGGUAUACAUCAAUAUCUUGGGCGGUCAAUAUUCAGAUCAAGCUGGCAACAGAGUAAGGGCUUGGAAUUGGUCAAGUUCCGUCACUUCCUCACCCUUUGUUUCAUUUAAACCUGUCUUUCUGGCUUUGAACCAUUAUGUUGGAAUCCGCAUCUUAGAACAAGACAAGAUUUCAAUCACUUUUCUGGCAAUGGGCCAACAGGCAAGAAUCAGUGUCGGAACCAAAGUGAAGCUACCAAACCCUAAAGAGAUUCCAGCACUCCGAUACCUGAACGGGGAUGACCUUCUUCUGCUGGCCAGUUUAAUAAAGAUCCGGCGCCUGUUUCAUAAACUGGAAGGAUGUGUGAAUUUCCCCUCCAGCCAGGUUUGGGAAAAAUUAAAGCAACCUUCCUACCUUUCUUCACUUUCUCUAAAACUAAUUGCCCUUUGUCACAAUUCUGGUAUGAAGCAAGAUACAAUAACAACAAUAGCAGCUUUGAUAAAUGAAAACAUUUAA